AUGGUCCGUCCAUGGAUCCAGGACUCGUCUGAUGACCCUGGCCAUUCUGUUCGACGGCUGAGGGCUCGAUAUUUGCAACAAGUACAGAAUGCGGUGCCCGCGAGAUUGAGGGGACGCCCGCUGCAGGCUACUCCGAGCCUGCCGUCGUUGCCGGAAGAAGUGCCGAGAGGGAGUGAAGAUUCUGAUAAUGAACGCCGCUCCUCGUGGCAACCAUCGGGAGUGGUGUCACGGGUCCAGCCGACCAUCAGCCCCCUGCCGGAUCGAUCACACAGAUCGCCAUCCCCCUCGAAAACCCUCUACCCACCCGGUAGCACCGACCGGAUUGCCAGUGAGUCGAAGCCGGCUGAUCGGCCGCCAGAGCGAUCCGUCUACGAAAAUCGGCCUCUACCCCCAGCUUUAAUUGCUGUCAACGUUGGCACUGACGCUCCUGAGAAGAAGCCGGACCCCACCCACGAAUACCCGGAACGGUUGAUGAGCCCACCGCCAAACCGGGAACCCAAAGGAAUUUUGAAGCAGUCCUAUUCCCAUUUUGAAGCCCACCGAAGCUAUCAGGAGGAGAUGCGCGAGGGUCACCAGGGUCAGAUGCAGAAGCCUCACGAACAGCCCAGGCGGAUGCCGGUUGAGAAUGGACAUGAGCCAAGAAUGGAGGAGCGACCCAGGCCCGGAUCGGCAUUUCAAGAAUUGCCGGAGGAGGAGCGGGUGCGGAUAAUGCAAGAGAAUUUGCAAAAGCACCGGAUGCAAGGGCCGAGGCCACAGCAGCCAGCACCGAAGCCGCCGACGAGUUCUUUUAAUGGGCCAUUUUUCAAGCUGGAGGAGGUGCCAUCGAGAAGCCGACCUCAAUCGGCUGCCCCACCGCUUGGCUCGGUGACAGAAAUGAGGGAGAGCAUCGAAGAGCGUGAUGAGCAGAGUUAUCGUCAACAAUUUGAAUAUAGCUACGAGCAAUCCUCCCAACAACUCCAGAAAAUGCGUCAAAUGUCCGCCUCUGAAGCCGAGCUACACCAUCACAACGACCCACAUGAUGAUCCAUCAGCCCCUUCUGUCGUCAUCUGGCCACCACCGUCCGCCAAAAAAGACCGGCCAAGAAGCCAAUCCGUCAUGUCGCGCAACAUAACAGAUCCAGAUCGAAUCGACGAAUUCCGAAGGCAAAAAGAAUUGGAAAAAGAGGCCAUGCGCAAAAAGGAGGAGCGUUUUCAACGAGAUCUCGAGAAGCAGGUCUAUGCUAUGGAAGUGCAACAGCACCGACUUUUUGAACAGCAACAAUCCGCUCAUACCUCCUCUGCCAAUUAUCCUCCUCAUCCUCAUCAUCCGUACCCAGCGUACCCUCCUCAAGAAAUUUCCUAUGAUCAGCAGCGAUAUGCCCCGCGUGAGCAAUACCCUCCCCAACAACAAUACACUGCUCCGUUGUCGCCGGCUCGAGAGGUGUCCUAUACGCAGCCGCAUACAGCUCACGACCCAGGACCGCCACCUCCUGCUCAAGUCCGCGUUUUCGAGACUCGACCACUGAGCGCGAUGAGUGAAGGCCAGGAUCCGACUCCACAUGUCCCAACCUGGAAGCGGACCUACAUUGUCGACAAACCUCACAUCGAGGCCAAGAACGAGAUCUUGACUGGAGACGAGAUUUUGGAGAAGGACCUCCAGGAUGUUGAGAUCGAUAUCUUGAAGCGACGAGAGGCGUUCGUGGAACGACCGGAAGCUGAGCCUGAAAUCUUCCGGACAGGGCGAAGAUGGCAACCGCCGCCGGAGAGGCCCUAUGUUUGGCCAACACUUCGAAGGCCGGUUUCAGUCGAUCCGACGUUACCGCCAAGGGAUUUCACGCCAGGACCACCCCACUCUCCAGACGAUGCUGGAUACCAAUGGGAACCUGUCGUCUACGAUCCAACCUUCAAGAAAGAGCACAAGAACUUCACACCCCAACAUUCCCCUCCACACUCCCCAAUCCGUGGACACGGCACUGGACCCCUAGAUGAACCGGCGAAGCGCCAAACUCGCUACCUGGUCAAGCCAUCCGCUGAUGGUUCGCACAGACCGCGACCGGCAUUCGGUGGCCCUCGGAAUACCCCAAGUGGAGGAUUCUACCCUCAUGCUCCCAAUGCCAUCAAGGUCAUCAAGAGACCAGAUUCUUCAUCGGCAGAUCCGCACAUCGAAGUUAUCCAUCAGCGCAACUUCCAUCGGCUAGAUGAAGUGGCAUCGCCUAUCCCUCGUUCACCAUCCGGACAGGAUCGUCGUAGCCGCAAGGAGUCGUACUCUAGCAGCCAGAUGGACCGCGAGCAACUUCAUGACUGGGAUAAGAUCUAUGACCUUCCACCCCAUUCCUCGACAAUCGUGCAUAAGGAAAUGCCUCAACACGUUGAUGUCAAGAGACGUCUCGCCCAGUUCGAGGAGUCUGCCAGAAGAAUAACAGGCCGUAUGGCAUCUCGGGCAAUGAGCUUGACCCAUUUGGACCAAGUGCCACCCCCUGACUACGAUGUACACCCGGAUACGGGGACGAUGCCCAAUCGGAAAAGUCAUCAUGAGAGGCGCGAGAGUCGGGAGGAACGUGAAGUCCGGAGACAUCGGGAGCGCCAACUGCUGGAGAGCGAGAGGAGGCGGGCAGCUUAUACCCAAAGCCUGCAACGAGAGCAGCGACAUCAUCAACAGCAUAUGCAACAUAUCCAGCAGCAACAACAGCAGCAUCAACAUCAUCAGCAAUAUCACCAGGGCUCGAGAAGAGAAUCAACCUCAUCCUCCCGGGUCGCCUCCCCGAUGCAUAGCGGAGUUAUGAUGCGCCAUUCAUCUCAGUCUCAACGACAUCAUGCUCACCCGCAAGGCUCCCGAUCCCAGUCCAGGCUCUCGCAGCCAACCACUAUUGCGUUGAGCCCCCAGCCACGCUCUGAAACUCCGAGUGCUGCAAGAGUGCGGAGCAGAAUGGCUGCCCUAACAGCUCCCUCUCCAACACCACCUGCUUAUGAUCGAGCCAGGCGUUAUUUGCCACCACCGUUGCCUGAGGGUUAUAGGCUCGCCGACCCGGGAAUUGACCCCCGAGCCGUGUCCCCAUCUCAGGGAAAUACUCAACGACUUCUUCGUUCUGUCCAAGAACAAGCCCGUACUAUUUCAGCUUCACCAGCUCCGGGAACCGGAACACCAACCGGUCGACCCGGUAGCACACGUGACGUCCGAUCCCCAAACCCUCGAUACUUG